AUGGAAUACAUCAAGGUGGCGAGAGUUGAUGAUGUUUUACUUCAUAAAAGAGGUUAUAUCAUACAUGGUUCACUACAUCUAACCACUCAUCACCUUAUAUUCACAGUCACUAAUCCUCGUCCAAAUGAGCUGCGGGAGCUAUGGCUUUGUUAUCCAAUGAUUUCAUCAGUUGAAAGGAAAAAGGGGUCAGCGCUUUUGAAUUUGAUUGAUAUUAAUGUUGAUAUAAAUGAUAAUGAAGGCAAUGAAAUUCAAUCUAAAAUAAUUAAGAGCUUACCAAAGCUGUUCAACCAAAGGGGUAAAGAGUUGAAUCUCUUCAAGUUAUCCACAUUAAAGAUCAAUUGUAAAGAUUUCAAUUUCCUUUCGUUUGACUUUGAAAAUGAAUCCAAAUGUUUUGAUGUAUUUGAAUCAAUAAUGAAACUAACUUGUCUUGGUGAAUUGAACCAACUUUAUGCAUUCAUUUAUCAACCCAAUUCGAUUGAAAAACUUCUAAACACCUGGAAAAUUUAUGAUCCAAUAAAAGAGUUUCAGAGGCAAGGUUUAAUAUUUGAUAAUGAUUCACAAAUUGUGGAACAGUCAAGUUCAAAUUGGAGAAUAUCAAAUGUGAACAAUAAUUACAACUUCAGUGAUACUUAUCCGAGUACAAUCGUGGUCCCCAAAACCAUAUCAGAUAGUGUUUUAACUCAUGCAUCAAAAUAUAGAUCAAAACAAAGAAUACCAGCAUUAACUUAUUAUUAUAAAAAGAAUGGAUGUUCAAUAACACGAUGCUCUCAACCUUUAUUAGGGUUAAAGCAAACAAGAUCAAUUCAAGAUGAAAAAUUAGUUGAUGAGAUUUUCAAAUCAAGUUCAAAUAAUGAUAAUGGGAAUCCGAAAAAUUUGAUUGUUGAUGCAAGACCAACAACCAAUGCAAUGGCACAAACAGCUUUAGGUGCAGGAUCCGAAAAUAUGGAUAAUUAUCCAAACUGUGAGAAAUUGUAUUUGGGUAUUGAUAAUAUUCAUGUAAUGAGAGAUUCACUAAAUAAAUUGAUUGAUAUUUUGAAAAGUGGUGAUUUAAAUAAACCACCAAUUAAUAAAUCAUCAUUGAAAAAGACGAAUUGGUUAAAAUAUAUUUCAAUUUUAUUGAUAUCAACUGAAAAAUUAGUCAAGUCUAUGAUUUUAAACAAUUCAAAUAUUUUAAUUCAUUGUUCAGAUGGUUGGGAUAGAACUUCACAAAUUUCUUCAUUAAUUCAAGUUUGUAUUGAUCCGUAUUAUAGAUCAAUCCAAGGGUUUAUAACAUUAAUUGAAAAGGAUUGGUUAUCAUUUGGUCAUAGAUUUAAUGAGCGUUCUGGUCAUUUAAGCUCGGAAUCCAUUUUCCAUGAUGAAUCAAAUGGUUCAAAUAAUAAUCAAGCCUCAUUAGCUUUCAAAUCAGUAUCAAAUCAUUUCAAAAAGAAGAAACAUUUGAAAUUUACAUCACCAAUUUUCCAUCAAUUUUUAGACUCAAUUUAUCAAUUGAUUAUCCAAUUUCCAAAUAAAUUUGAAUUCAAUGAAAGAUUCUUGAGAAGAUUGAUCUAUCAUUUAUAUUCUUGCCAAUAUGGUAAUUUCCUUUUCGAUAAUGAAUAUGAAAGAGUUACAAAUAAAGUUUUUGACAAAACAAGAAGUGUUUGGGAUUAUUUCCUUUCAAGGAAACACGAAUUUACAAAUAAACAAUAUGUUGAACCAACAGAUCAAUUUGAUUGGUUAAGUCCAAAUUAUAAAUCUUUAGUUUGGUGGUGGCAAUUAUAUGGGAGAAGUGAUGAAGAAAUGAAUGGUGAUAGCCAUAAUGAGGAAAAUGUUGAAAAUGGGAAUUCAGGACUAGAGUUACAAAAUAGUGGUUUGAAAAGUCCCGAACAACAACAUCCAAUAAUCCAACCAAUUCCCGAAUCAGCAGGUACAAAGGUAAACAAUAAAGAGGAAACUUUAUCCAAGUCAAAAGUAUUUGCAUUAACCCCACCACCUCCUUCAAUUCAUAAAGUCAAUGCAAAUUAUAACAAUGAUGAUAACGAUGAUGAUGAUGACGAAAACGAAAACGAAUUAAAAACAAGAAACGGUAUCAAUGAUAUUAGAUCUCCUCAUAAAAUGAUGGAAAAGAUGAGUAUUAGUUAG